CAGGGCCAGUGAGCAGGCAUAGAUACUUUUCAGUGAAAUGCCACGCAGGCAGAGAGUGACAGGCAGUCAGUAGGAGCUGAGCUUUUCCCUCUUGGACGGCUGUUUCCUGCUAGGUUCAGGAGAGGCGGGGGCCUGGCUCCUGCUUCUGCUGCUGCUGUCUCAACUCUCUCUCCACUCCAGGUAAGCAGACUCAGAGGGAGGGCAAGCUGCAAGGCGCGUCUUUGUACGAUGAACAAGAUCCGAAAGUUUUUCCGAGGAAGUGGGCGAGUCUUGGCAUUUAUAUUUGUAGCUUCUGUCAUCUGGCUGCUCUUUGACAUGGCAGCUCUCCGCCUCUCAUUCAGUGAGAUCAGCACUGGGAUACUCAAUGAAGACAUCAGAAGGAGGGAGCAGACAGGAUUCAGAGUCCAGCCAGACCGAAUGAAGAUCCUCUACACCAGCAUCACAGGGAUGGGGCUGCCUCGGCAUGGGGUGUGGGCCGAGGAGAACUUUAGGAAGGGAGAGGACCACGUACACCAAGUGGAAGAGAAUAUGGACCAAGUCCAGAGGAGAGGGAAAAUGCAGAUCCCCCUGGGAAGGGGAAGAGCUGUGCCUCUGUGGCAUCCUGCACAUCUACAAACCCUCCCAGUGCAUCUUACCAUGCAGAGGACAGAGAUGAGAGCCCGCAAGCUUCAAGAGCCCUCGCAGCACAUGGCACCCAAGCAAACAACAGUUUCAUCGCAGAGGACCCCAUCCACAGCAUCAAGAGGAACUCUACUGACCAAAAUAUCAGUAUAUACAGAAACCUUCGCUAAGAAACAAGAGGCCCUGAAGAAUCAUACUCUCAGUGGUAAUGCAUCGAAGCAAGCAUCUGAACGGACCCUGAAUGUGACCGUCGGUGUCAUGACUGACAGAUCAAAGCAGCAAUCACAGAUGGUAAGAAAAGCAAAGACACACUUUACCAGCCCUCCAGUCCUGAAAUCUGGGGAAGCCAUAGCCAUAAAGAAAACUGAGGCUCAGGGUAAAGAACUAAAACACAAAGGCCAUAAAGUGCUACCUCUUUUUAAGUUCAUCGCUGACACAGGUCGUUUAAAGAAGCAAUCUAUGAAUGAGACACAGCUGCGAGGCUUGCCAGAAGAUGAUGGGGCCAAAGUGGUGCCAGGGAAGAAGCUUAAUUUCUCUGAAAGCCAGGUUGUGAUUAUAACCAAAGAGGAGGACCCGAGGACAGAUACCAAAGAGAUGCCUGCUCCUAAAACCCAAACUGCCAUUCCUGAAUUACUGGGUGGAAGCCAAGGAAAACACAUCCCCAGGAAUCAAAGCAAAACAUCUUCCUCUCUACUAGCUCCACAGAGAGCGAUGUCUCAAGCCAAUCUGGCCUUAGGGGGGGAACUCCAUUCAGCAAGAAGAAACAUGACUGCCAAGGCCCAGACUGCGGGACACCAGCAAAGCCACACAAAUGCCCCUGAAAACCCUGGAAGGCACCGUGUGCUGAGAGUCGAUGUGACUCUUUCUCCAAGGGAUCCCAAUGCUCCAGGUCAGUUUGGGCGCCCUGUGGUGGUUCCCCCUGGAAAGAAGGAGGAGGCAGACCGACGAUGGAAAGAAGGGAACUUCAAUGUCUACCUUAGUGACUUGAUUCCAGUGGACAGAGCCAUUGAAGACACAAGGCCUGCAGGGUGUGCAGAGCAGCUAGUUCACAAUGACCUCCCAACCACCAGCAUCAUCAUGUGCUUCGUAGAUGAGGUGUGGUCUGCUCUCCUGAGGUCUGUGCACAGUGUCCUCAACCGCUCUCCUCCACACCUCAUUAAGGAGAUUCUUCUGGUGGAUGACUUCAGCACCAAAGACUACCUAAAAGGUAAUUUGGAUAAAUACAUGUCUCAGUUUCCAAAAGUUCGGAUCCUUCGCCUCAAAGAGAGACAUGGCUUGAUCAGAGCGAGGCUGGCAGGGGCACAGAAUGCAACAGGUGAUGUGUUGACAUUCCUAGACUCUCACGUGGAAUGCAAUGUGGGCUGGUUGGAGCCACUUCUGGAAAGAGUUUAUUUAAAUAGAAAGAAAGUGGCCUGUCCGGUAAUCGAAGUUAUCAACGACAAGGACAUGAGUUACAUGACAGUGGACAACUUCCAAAGAGGUGUCUUCACGUGGCCCAUGAACUUUGGCUGGAGGACAAUUCCUCCAGAUGUUGUUGCAAGAAAUGGAAUUAAAGAAACUGAUGUAAUAAGGUGCCCCGUCAUGGCAGGUGGAUUAUUCUCCAUUGACAAAAGUUACUUUUAUGAACUUGGAACUUAUGACCCUGGUCUUGAUGUUUGGGGAGGAGAAAAUAUGGAACUAUCAUUCAAGGUCUGGAUGUGCGGUGGUGAAAUCGAGAUCAUUCCCUGUUCCAGAGUGGGCCACAUAUUCCGAAAUGACAAUCCCUAUUCCUUCCCCAAAGACCGCAUGAAGACAGUAGAACGGAAUCUGGUGCGGGUGGCUGAGGUCUGGCUUGAUGAGUACAAGGAACUCUUCUAUGGCCAUGGAGAUCACCUCAUAGACCAAGGGUUGGACGUGGGCAACCUCACCCAGCAAAGGGAGUUGCGCAAGAAGCUGAAAUGCAAAAGUUUCAAGUGGUACUUGGACAAUGUCUUUCCUGACUUGAAGGCCCCCGUUGUGAGAGCUAGUGGUGUGCUGGUGAAUGUGGCCCUGGGCAAGUGUGUGUCCAUCGAAAAUACCACAGCCACGCUGGAAGACUGUGACGGGAGCAGUCAGCUUCAACAAUUUAACUAUAGCUGGGUAAGACUUAUUAAGCAUGGAGAGCAGUGCAUGGCGCCCGUCACUGAUCAAGGAUCCCUGAGACUCCAGCCAUGUGAUAACAGAGACAGCAAGCUCAAGUGGCUGCACAAGUCAACCUCGGGCUUUCGUCCAGAGCUGGUGGAUCACAUUGUUUUUGAAAACUAUCAGCAGUUGUUAUGUAUGGAAGGGAAUUUUUCUCAGAAGACCCUGAAAAUGGCCACUUGCAACCCAAUGGAACCAUAUCAAAAGUGGAAAUUUGAAAAAUACUAUGAAGGCUAAAGAGGAAUGUUUUAUCUGGUUAACCCCCCACCAGAUUCUGUGAAAAUCAAACCCAAGUUGGUGACUGUAUUUCUCUCCUUAGUUAUUUAAAUUUUCCAUUUUAAUAGCAUUUAAAUGGAAGAUUUUUUUUAAGCACCAAAGGAUAACUCAGGGAAACAGGCCACCACUGGACUGGAAUUCUUUGACUCUGGGUGGCCUUUGGAAGUGUUUAUGCCCUGCUCUGGGCUGUGGUGCAUACUGCAAGUCUUCCUCAUGUGCUUUCACAGGUAACCAGAAUUGAAGACAUAUCAUGAUGUCAUGAUCAUGACUGCUGUUGGGCAGUUCUUCUGGCCCGUGAGUGGAGGUAAAACCAACUGGAUUCUGCCUUCAUCAAAUUCAUCUACACGGAUUCUCACACUGGGAAGACUCAGCCAGCUGCACAGAGACACUGCCCAUGUUUACCUGAAAGUGGAUAGCAGUGCUGAUAAUUCUCCAUGACCCCCUUCUAAUGGGGGUGUUGAUCUGGAUGACCAGAAAGUUUUCUUCCAAAUCUGAAGUAGUAAGGGAAAAAAUUAAGUGGAAAGGAAGAAGCCUUCGUGUAAUUAAUUCUGUGUGUUCUUUCCAUUCAUUUUGUGCUUUUUAAUAAUGCUACAUUUAAAAACAAAACCUGGUCAUAGCAAUAAUUUCUUAGGUUUUUGUAUUUCCUUCAUGUAAAGAAAGAUAGGAGUUUGGGUGACAGCACACUGUGAUAACUAAACUUGCACUUGAUCAUGAAACAUCUCAACACAGGGUGAGAAGAACUGAUAAAAUUAAGGCAGAAAUGAUACAGAAGAAUAGGACAAACCUUGAAAUGCUAAAACAAUAAAAAUACUACACUAGAUUUACCAAUAUUCACUUGGAUGAAGUAUGCUAAAUACUCUAAUACAUGCCAAAGCAGACAUGAAUUCAAAAGGAAGAAAAGGAGAUGAGCAAUUUGAGGAGAUAGUUGAUUAAAGACUUGUCCCAGACUUGACAAAAUAAAGAAGGGAAUGUGGUGCUUCUGAGGGGAAAAGGCAGAGCAAAACCCUCACGUGGACCUGAGGCUAACACAGGCCAGCCAUGGAAAGCUAAAUGUUUCCUUAUCCAAACUGAGCUCUCACAUUAGGUAUAUCAAUCCUUAGGCACUGCAGAAGAAAGCUUAGGGACCAUGGUCUACUAUAAUCCUUUUGGCAGGAAAAUUGAUGUUAGAAAAAAAAAAUUCCCCUUCUGAAAACUCCUACAGACAAAUUGGGGUGAACGGGGUAAGAAUUCAGAUCUCUAGGUGUGACUCAACCACCAGUUUGGUCUGAGUUUGCCCACUGUGGUCCUUCAAAAGGAGAUAAGCCAACUUCCUUACUGAAGCUUCACCCCUUCAGACUGGCCAUGCUUAUUCUUACUGGUGGAUUUAAAUCUUUGUUCACAUGAUAUUAUGGUAAAACCGAGCAUUUUAGUUCUGGUUUCCUAUUUGACUCUUAAUUUUAUCUACCAGUUAGUUACCAAAAAAUCAUGACUAUCAAUGAAUAAUGGGAAAGGAAACAUUUUUUCUUUACACAUUUACAGCAUAUACAGUAUAUUUAAGAUGUUUCAUUCCAGUAACUGAU